AAUCAUAUAGGUCCGCGAAUGAAUGGAUGAGAAUAUACGCAGAGGUGCACCCCAAGACCCCAUUGUGCAAGCAUAUACUCCUUCCAAUAGUCCGAUUCUCUAUUUGCACCCCCUCUGUAAGAGAAUAUCCUUUCGGAGAGUCCCUUCCAUGGCCCCUCAGACCCUGUCUCUUCUCCAACUUUUCACUAGUUGAUAUACUACUUUAUAUUUAACACCAUUCAGACAACCCACCAUCAUGUCCGCUUCUCUGUAUGUAAAUCCUUCUUUCUCUUCCCCUUUCUGUUCCCAAUCUACCUCUUCUUCUUCUGCUUCGGUUUCAUCUUCAUGUUCUUUAUCUAUACCUACCCAUUCCCUUAAAUUAUCUUGCUUGUCUGCUUCAAGAGCAAAACCCUUUUGCAUAAAGUCUGGGUCUUUGAAGAGUAGGCAAAGACCCUUCUUUGUUGCCGCUUCUAGCAAUAUGACCAUUACAGAGUACAGAGAGGAAGAGGAGGAGAGCCCUCCUCCUGUGAUUGAAUCAGAGGUGACUUCAAAACCUAGACGCAUUGCUCUCUUUGUUGAGCCCUCUCCUUUCGCUUAUGUGUCUGGAUAUAAGAACCGGUUCCAGAAUUUCAUUAAGUAUCUGCGGGAAAUGGGAGAUGAGGUAAUGGUUGUGACAACGCAUGAAGGGGUGCCCCAAGAAUUUUAUGGAGCAAAAUUGAUAGGGUCUCGGAGCUUUCCUUGCCCUUGGUACCGCAAAGUGCCCCUUUCAUUGGCUCUUAGCCCAAGAAUAAUCUCAGAAGUUGCCCAAUUUAAGCCUGACAUAAUACAUGCAUCAUCUCCCGGUAUAAUGGUUUUUGGAGCCCUCAUUAUUGCAAAACUGCUAUGUGUCCCUUUAGUGAUGUCUUAUCACACCCAUGUUCCAGUAUACAUUCCAAGAUACACUUUUAGUUGGCUGGUCCAACCUAUGUGGUUAGUAUUAAAAUUUCUUCACAGAGCUGCUGAUCUUACACUUGUACCAUCUGCUGCCAUAGCAAAAGAUCUGGAAGCUUAUAGGGUAACAGCAGCUAACAGAAUUCGUCUCUGGAAUAAGGGUGUGGAUUCUGAGAGCUUUAACCCUCGAUUCCGCUCACAUGAAAUGCGAUUAAGACUAAGCAAUAACGAACCUGACAAGCCGUUGAUAGUCCAUGUUGGGCGUAUUGGGGUUGAGAAGAGCUUGGAUUUCCUUAAAAGGGUUAUGGAUAGACUUCCUGAAGCUCGGAUAGCUUUCGUAGGAGAUGGGCCAUACAGGGAGGAACUGGAGGAAUUGUUCUCUGGCAUGCCUGCUGUGUUCACGGGUACGCUACAAGGGGAGGAGCUAUCUCAGGCAUAUGCCAGUGGAGACGUUUUCGUAAUGCCUUCAGAAUCCGAGACACUUGGCCUCGUUGUUUUAGAGGCCAUGUCUUCUGGACUCCCCGUGGUGGCUGCUCGUGCAGGAGGAAUUCCCGACAUCAUUCCAGAUGACCAGGAUGGCAAGAUCAGCUACCUGUUUAAUCCCGGAGACCUCGAUGACUGCAUGAGUAAACUGGAGCCUCUUUUGCGUGAUCAAGAACUGAGAGAAACAAUGGGCAAAGCAGCACGCCAAGAAAUGGAGAAGUACGACUGGAGGGCAGCCACAAAAAAGAUUCGCAACGAACAAUACAAUGCUGCCAUCUGGUUUUGGAGGAAGAAGAGAGCCCAGUUGUUGAGGCCGUUCCAAUGGGUGUUUAAGCGAAUGUUCCAGCCACCGCAAAUUGAAUAUAGGUGAUGUAUUUCUCGGAUUUGCGACAAUCUAUGCUCUUACCAGACCAGUGUGCUAUUAGAUUUCUGCAUUAUAUUGCUCUGAUUGCUUGCACCAUUAUAUUGGUGUGAACUGUACUGUAGAAUUUUAGGUCCAUUGUGGUUUUAGCCUCUAGUGAUUCGAUUGAAUUGGUAAAUCUAAGUUAUGCCUUUAACAUUGGAAUUCAGACUAUUUUAUACAUAUUUUACACCAUUGCUUACUA